AAUAGCCAAUCGAGGGAGAAAUUGAAUGAAAUGGAUUGGAUCAAUCGUCAGAGAGCCAUGUUCCUGCUUGGAGUCGGUAACGAUGGCUCUGUCAGUGGGAUGAAUGUCGUGGGCCGUGAUGCGGACGCAUUGAAAAAUAUGUUUCACGCUAGCGUACUACCCGUUCUACAGCAGCAGUGUCUUCUGUUCCAGGAGUUUCACGGAUUUAGAAAUUUAAUACAGAACCCGACGGGCGCCGAAGUCAUUCUGAAUGCCAUGAGAUCUCUAUUGCUCCUAGAUGGCACCACCAGUAGCGCUGCCAAGGUUUACCAGCUGGAUAGCCAUCCAAGCCAUGUUCCAGUUAGCGAUCGUUUACGUCAAUUGAUUGGACAAGAGCAAGGGUAUAUACUUACCGGUGAUAAUAUCACGAAAAUGAUGUUUGCUUUAUAUCGAAUUCGCUGUGGCCUACCCGUCGUGGCUUUUGGAGAAGCUGGCGUUGGCAAAAGCGCUCUAUUCCGAUUUCUGAUUGAGACGCUGCUCGGCCACACUUUUGCAGUGUGCAACGUAAACAGCGGAACUUCGAUUCGAUCUGUCGAAGAAUUGAUUGAAUGGGCCAUCACGAUCAUCAUGAUGGACCCUGAAGCUCAAGUAUUUCUAUUUUUCGAUGAAAUGAACACGGCCGACCCACCCGUCAUCGCCUUCCUCAAAGAGCUUAUGCUCGAUCGCCAUUUCUGCGGAACAGUUUUACCAGAAAACAUACAUUUGAUGGCUGCCGAACCUUAUCGACGCUUACGGCAAAACAAUGAAGCGCCUGUCGGGUUGGCUUUCCGGUUUGCCCAAGCCCCAGAAGAAAAUAGAAGCACUACUGACGUGCAAAAUUUGGUGUAUCGCGUCAACGAUUUACCGCUCGCUUUUUACGAACACGUCUACGAUUUUGGCCACCUUUGCAACGAAGCCGAAGACACGUACAUUGAAGAAAUCUGUCGAAACGGCUUGCCGAAAUCCGAGUUCAGCGCCGAAGGCGUCGAAUGGUUUAUCUCCAUCGUCCAGAAAUGCCAUCGAGUAGCCAGAGAGAUGAGUGUUGACCCGGAAUCAGCCGUCUCACUGCGCGACACCACUCGAGCUGUUCAACUGUUCCGUUGGUUUUUAUCUCCAGCUGGCCACCAAAUGUCACGGAACGAUGCGGGAAUUGCGGCCGAUUUGACCAUUUACCUGGUCUACGCGUUCCGAUUCCGCUUGCGAAAAAUGUUCUUGGAGGAGGUCUUUGGUAAAGAUCAAUCAGCGUCCAAGAAUAUGACCGAAGUAUCCCGAAUCAUUGAAAUGCUUUACGAGAACGCACACGGAGCUUCCAUCGGUUCUGGCGCCAUUGCGUUGAACGAUGCCCUUUGCGAAAAUCUUUUUGCAUUGUAUGUCUGCGUCCUAAACGGAAUCUUUCUCAUAAUCGUUGGACGGCCUGGAUCGUCCAAGUCCUUGUCGGUUGAAAUCUUGAAAUUGGUACUUUCUCCUGGCAAUCAUGCACUGCGACACAGCUUAGGAGACUUGCCUGCCAUCACUGAAGUGUAUUUUCAAUGCUCUCCACUGUCAACUUCUUCCGGAUUCAAAGCCCUGUUUGAAUGCCAAAAACUUAGCGUUGACCCAAAGACAAUGCUAGCUAUGGUCGUUCUGGAUGAACUAGGUCUGGCCGACAUGUCACCGGAAAAACCAAUGAAAGUGUUGCACGCCGAGCUGGAACGCCAGUCUGUUUUGACCUCUGGCGAUAAAGGACAAACUCCUUACGCGGUAGUGGCCCUCAGCAAUUGGGUAGUGGACGCUGCUCAAGUGAAUCGAGGCGUCCUCAUUUUACGCACCCAAGCCGACAAAGAGGAUCUAUUGAUUUCAGCUAAACAGCUGACCAAGUCUUUAGUUUCCAAGUACGUGAAGAAAGCGGAAAUCGAACAAAUGACUCGGAUCCUUAGUGGAAGCCUAGAAAGUAUCGUCAAUACGUACGAAGAGCUGGACCAAAGAGAAGAUCUUGGUGGUGGACAUGUUUUCUCCAGGGAUUUCUUUUUCUGCGUCAAAAACUUCGUCUGCUCGGUUUUUGAAUCCGUCGUUCAGAUCAAGACCUCGCGUGAUUUCCGCAUUUCCCAACAUUCACUCAUCCAGUCGGUCAUUCGUAACUUUGGCGGCGCGCACGAGAAGGCCCGUCGAGUGGUCAGAAGAAGCAUGGCAAAUCAUUUGCAAGUAACUUUAACUGCCAUCCCUGAAAUCAACCCAGUGGAUCUCAUCAUUUCAAACGUUCGCGAUUCUUCCAAUCCGCUGUCCAUCCAUAUCGCUAGGCAUUUGAUGAUUCUCAGCCGAUCCCUAAUUGGCCUACAACUGCUGAAUCUCCACGUGAAAAAUAAAUUAGACGAUAACAUGAGCUGGAAUGUUCUCUUCGGUUCCUGUUUCCCAGGCGAUUUGCAAGUGACUGCCGUCACAAGAAAAUUACGUCAAGUAGAGCAAGCCAUCCGGAAGGGCGGUGUGCUGAUCCUGUGCCACGCGGAUCAGCUUUUCGAAUCUCUCUACAUGGUGCUGAAUCAACAGUACUGGGCACAAGGAGAGGUUACCAUGACACAAAUUGCUCUUGGACCAUCCAUUCGGGCCAUAGCACUUCCGCACGGGCCGUUUCGGAUCAUUGCCCUACAAGACACGGAUGUAGCGCUCAAUCGAGAUUUAAUGUCUCCAGCGAUUCUGUCACGCUUUGAAAAGCAUGAACUGAGGCCAUCUCAUCUUCUAGAUGAUGCCGGAAGAGCUUGGCUCAAUGUCAUCGAAUCGCAUUCUAUCUGGCUGGCCGUUCCGCAAGCAAUUAAGAGACAGCAGUUGAUUUGUGGAUACCACCAAGAGUCUUUCUCCACAUUGGCUCUUCAUUUGCAGAACAGAGGCGUACCAAUGGAGCUGGAUCACGAUGAAGAAGAAGACCCGCACAGUGCUACUGCCAUCUGGAUGAGAGCCAUCAACCCGAUGGCCAUGAUCAAGUUGGAGAGGAAUCCCUGUACCCAUCCGAAAUUGUUGGAAUUGUGCAGACACUAUCGUCAUCAUUUCGUUUUUGAGAGCAUAGAUGACGCUCUUCAGAGUAUCAAAUCGAAUCGCUUGGUCAUCGUAACAAAUUCACUUCGCCAUCUGGAAAUCACGCUGAGUAACUCUUCCGUUUACAACCAUUCGGUCAUCCGGCUGUUUGACGUCGAUUCCGAGCUGCAGCUCUUUACACUACUGGAAUCGGUCGGUGAUGACGAUUUCUUCGACCCUAAUUUCUGCCUCGUUGUCCAGUACGACGCCGUAACCGGACCGAUUGAGCAAUUCCAGCUGGCCAAGUACGAAUUAGAGCAGCGUUUCGAGAAGAGUUCAUGCCGUAUCGUGUUCGUCGUUCACGUGGAUCCGCGUCCUUCUAAGAUGCACUGGGUGUUUUCUUUUGGCGACGGCUGGGAUUAUUGCUUCGUUGACGAAGUCGUCCCUAAUGGCCCAUUAGAUCAACAUCAGAUCCCACUAGGCCAGCUCAUCCAAUCAGAUGCUGACCAUUCUUUGUCUCAUUUCAUUAAGAUGAUGACAAUCGAAUCGUUCAAGUCCCUUUUGCUGGAAGUGCUCGGCCCAGUUUUGCAGACUAGUUUAGCUAGUUUACGUCCAUCUUUGGGGAAAUUCUACGCUGGGGUUCGAACGGCCUUGGCACUUCCAAACAACCAAAUCCUUCUUGAGUUGAUGAAAGAAUGUUUGAUAGCUCAACUGGAAGAGAGUCGGAUAUCUUGGCAUGUUGUCGAUGCUGUGAGCGACGCCAGCUUUGAUUCGUCUUCUUCUCUAACCAAAGGCCUGUGGAAUGUUUUCAAGCAUCAAAUUAGCAACCCACUUGCUCAUCUUUUGGUAGUCAGUGACGUCUGGCGCGUCGCUGACGAUUCCUCAGCCAAACUGUGGUGUGAAUUCGUCUCUGCCAACUAUCCCGACCGGCUACUGUCGCUAAACUCAUCCGAUUUGUUCGUCCAAACGCCCAUCGGUUUCGGCGUUUGCGAUUGUUUGUUUGGACGUUUGCUUGUCUCCUUUGAAAAAAAUCAUGGCGCUGAACCACGUCUUAACGGGCCAUUGCAAUGGCUCUUGGACUAUGUGGGCAAGAAUGAAAAUAAUGAUUCCCAAGAGGUCAAACAAGUAUACUUCAUUGAUUGGUUUCUGCUUCACAUUCCGCAACAUUUACACCACUGCCUGAGAAAAUUGCCACUAUCGAAAAUGGUUUAUCUCGUGGACAACUUGUUUGACGAGCCGGCCAUGUUUUUCCUCGAUUGGGAGCACUGGGAAGGGAAGGUGACUGCUGCUCUUGAAGUUGUCAGAAUUGCCUCUUUCGCCAAGCCGGACACGUCAGACGACGACGGCUUCUGGAGCACAGCAACUGGCCGAAUUCGCAAUUGGAAGUCUUUCAUUGAAAUGGCAGCUCGUUCAUCGCUGACGGCCUUGGCCUCACCAGGGAUCCUCAAGUCUCAUGAAAGAUUUAUACAGUCUGUUUCAUCCAUAGAAACUAGUCCGGCUCUUAUUGAAUUACUGCAUCACGUAGAAGACUUACCACAAGUGUGGCUCAGUUUGCGAAUAACCAAACAUAUAUUGCUCUUUGAUCCAGAAUCGGAGGUUAAACUUCGGGAAUUACAGAAUUCGACACCCGAAAAGCUGUUUGACAACCUGACAGAAUUAGCCAUGAACUCAGUCAUUCGACCGAGAGUGGCUACUUGUCUUCGAACAAGACGAUUGGUGCUGCAGGCUGAUUUGUACGCUUUUCUAAAAAGCACCUCAGCUUGUGGCUCUGCAAAACAACUUGCCGAAAUCCUAGAAGAAUGCCCAACAACCAAUUGUUUGGUCUUACGCAAAAAGGGUAGAGACGGAGUAGAUUUGAACAGGUAUUGCCCAAGCUGCACUCAUUCUCUGGCCACCAUUGCAAGUGAACCUCACGGCCAUCUGCGAGCGCCAAGGAAAGAAAUAAUUGAAUCGCUCUUCCAAGAUCAUCAAACAUUUAUGUUCCUUUUCGAACGGGUAGCUGAGCUAUUUAUCCAGCAGCACAAGAACGAUCCACAUCGCAUCCGUGACUUUCUGCAAUUCCUUUCAAGUUCCAAUUGCCGUCUGCGAGUCUCGUGGCGUUUCUUGACCGUCAUCGUACGCACAGUGUUGUCAACUCGAUCCGGCGUUACAAUCAUGGAUGAUAUCUUAUCAUCAAUCAGUUGCAACAAUGUAACUCCUGAUACGAAUGCUAACGCCUACAGUUUAUUGCGAGCUCUGCUCGUCUGCUCAGAUCAAGAUGUGCGCAACAACGCGCUAGAGGAACCAGCAGAAGAUUUGAUUCAAGCAGCAAUGACGGGCGAUUGGACGAUGGAUCGCAUCCGUAAACUUGCCCUCAUCCGCCAGCGACUUGCGCUGAAUGAAAAUGGAACAGCAAAUGCGAUCGCAGAGUGGGCUCGUUGGCGAGAAAAUCGAAGCGAUCAAUCCAUCACAGAUGCUUUGCUCUUCUUCAUCUUGCGUUUUUCGUCAGACGAAGGAGAUACGACUCGAUUGAGCAACAUUCUCCACGAUCCGCGAAUAGCCAAAGAACUCGAUCAUCACAAAGUUGUAAGAGAUUUUAUCGUGACGUUGUCGCCAUUGUCACUGGGUUUCCCUCUACAAGCUGCGGCCGUGACAGCUAAUCCCUUUCAAGAAUGCCUGUUGCACGGGAUCAGUACUGGCAACUUCAUAAAAUAUCCUGUUCUACUGGAACUCCAACCUGUCUGGGCCCCCUUUAUCGCUCGAUUGGCCUAUCACGCCUAUGAUGUUUUUGUGGUGAAGCGAAUCCAUCUGUUAGAAGAGAUGAGUUCUAACUUGGCUGCCGCUGCCCAGUUUCUCUUGCCUGGAAUGGACAAUCAUCCUUACUUACCGAGUUUUAUAUUGGAAGCCAACCGUUGGUACCUGUGUACAUGUGAUACUCUUUGUUGUCUUGGAAACUGCGGACGACCAGUAGCACAAUCUGUUUGCGACAAUUGUCACGUCGCACUUGGUGCAAACCACGAACUCCGCGCAGGAGUUCGAAGCGCCACCAUCGAGGACUUCCAACCUCCGAGUGGCAUCUACAUGACUCGAGUACCGGUCGUGACGCCAAAUUUUGCCGUGCGAAAUUGCACUCCAGUCGUUACCCGAUUUGCCCUUUUGCUCAAUUCAUUGGCAUUGAUGAAUGCUGCAUUAAAUCCACGGACACAGCCAGAUGACAUUUGUAAUCUCCUUCUAACGUUACCACCGACUGAACGCCAACCAGUUGAAAAUUGUGGUUCAUUGAUGCAAUUGCUAUCGAACCACAUCAUCGUUCAUCUAGAUCUUCUUUGCCAAUUACUGGUGACCUCUCGACCGCAGCUUACCAUGACCGACAAGUUCCGCAUUGGUCAUUUAUUGCUUCACAAACUACUGGCUUCAUCAGAUCCUUCAUUUUUCGCCAAUGCUACGAAAUUUAAAAGCAAACCGCAGGCCAGGGAAGCAUUUGAAAAUGGACUCACCAGUUUGUUGGUUCAGCAAACGAAUCUGGCUGAAGAGCUUGAUUACGUCGCGCAAUCCGAUGAAGCCACGAUGGCAUUCCGUCAAUCGUUAUUGCACAGCCAAACGUCAUUCUGGGCCUACGCUCGAAGAGUCUUUUCCGAUCGACGAUGCGUACAACUGGAGCUGACCAGGAACAACAGUUUGCGACUACCAUUCCUAAAUUUGUUGCUGGACGUCAACUACAUGGACAAACUGGACGCUUUGCAGUAUUUUGGCCCUGCUAUGCGCUUUCUUGCUCUCGUUCGCACAGUCAUGUCGGGUGAGAUCACCCAGGAAGAAGCUAAUGACAUGUCCAUUGCCCAGGGUUUGGAAAAGAUGGUGGAAACAGUCGGCCGGAAAGCUGUCACUUUGGACCGCGGCCGACCCGUAAAGACGAAAGAACAUGUAAUGGAUCUGUUUGACGGCUUCAAGCAGUUGUGGGAACGGUUCAGUCAUUUGCAGAAUGCGGAAAACAAAACGUUUCUGGAUUAUUUUGAAUGCCAACAGAUCGAUGCCAACGUCCGACCGAAAGCGGUGCUCGAACAAACAGCACCUCUGAUCUUGAUUUGUGCUGGCAGUGAACUGCCAGAGGCUACGUUCUGCUACCAAUUACUAAAUCACGCUGCUGAAGCUGCUUCGUCUAUCGCGCUCAACAGCUUCAUCCAGCCUCAUUGCCGUCCAGGAUGUGUCCGGCUUUCUUGUUCCAGCGCUGCAGCUUUAACCGAUUUCGAUGAGUCGUUGUACGCUCACGUACCUGCCGAACUAGUCGAUCGUUUUAUUCGCGAUCAUCUUAUCGAUCAAGCUACCCUUCAAAUAGCGGAAUCAUUUGCCAGGACCGCCAUCUUAGGAUCAGCUGGCAGUACAAUUGCAGAAAAUGUGUCUCUUGCUGUCAUCCCUGAAUUUGUUUUUAAAGACGAUACGGAAUCACGUAACUAUUUGCUAGUCCUCGAAAGAAGAUCUCUAAAGUGGCAGCCUUCGUCUAUUCCGCCUCAUUUACAGGAACUCAUCCUAGCCGAUUUGGAGAAAAAUCGAAUCUUGGCUGAAGCUCAAUCUGUCCUCGUGUCUGCCAUUACCCAUGUUUAUUCCAAUACUGACCCACUUGUCAUUCGUAAAGUGCGCAAUCACUACGUCUCCGACGUGUUGCAGGAGCUGACGAGGGCAGAAAUCUUGACUGAGCGUCAUGUGUCGAACGCUACCCUCGACAUCUUCAAUCGUCAUUUGAGACUGGAAGUUCGCCAUAGUUUUGAUUUACUCAAAGCCAUUACGAUGCGUAUGAAAGGAGAUGAUAUUUUUGGUGGACGUGUUCCAGAAGGCUGGACAGCGUUGCUACCGGAAUGCUUAGUGACCUUGACUAGCCAGAAAUUGCGCUCGCACAUACCAGACAUUGUUGAAACCUUAUUACGAAUGAUCGAUAUUAUCGCAGUUGCAAAUCCUGUUGUGCCUAUUUGGCUUACACCAGACAAAUCACUUUUAUAUGCCCUACGGCAGAUUGAAGGUCCCGAUUGGGAUGGAAUUCCUGCUGAGCUCAAAAUGGAACAUCUCGGCCAUGUAUUAUUGAUUGCCGAGUCCCUCGCCAAAAUUUAAGCCAUUUUUACACGAUCGUAGACAGUGUCGUGCCUUUAGUGUGUAGAAUAAUGCAGCUAAUCCAAAUGAAUUUGACCAAAGAUUGUAUUAAUCAAGAUUUUUUAAAUAGCAAUUUUCCAAUCCAUUUUCUUGUAACGUGUGUAUCCUUGAAGCGUUCUCAAGAUAUGAACAAUAAUACGGUUGUCUUUUAUU